AAGUGAAAAGUGUUUCACUUAAUUUUCCGAGAAAUGACCCUUAUUUCCAAAUGAAAAUGUUGAAACUGAAAUUCCAUCAUAAACGUGAGCAGGGGCAGUCUAGUUAAAGAAAUAUCAAAAUACCCAUGAGGCUUUGUCGGACCGUCACUUCCGGUAUUGCUGUUGGCGGGUAGACGGGGUUUGCUAGUCUGUUAGCUGUGCCGAAGCUAUUGUAUUAUUUAGCGUCCAGCCAUUAGAUGGACAAAGGAGCUAGCCAGCAUUGAAUCUUUGGUAGUUUUAUUUGUCGCAGCUACUGUAGUUCGGUCUGUUUUUAGCUGAAAACAGAGCCGAAAGUACAGCGACUUUACUGGGGCCUACAAGCUCAUUCAAGAUCUUCGAAGUUUUCUCCGAUAAGGUGAGGUUCUCGGUUUUUCCAUUUCACGUCAAGCUGGCGGCUGUCGCAGUGAAAAAAAGCAAUGAGGAGGAGGAGGAGCAGCAACAGCAGCAGCCGCCACCGCCGCCUGUUGUGCCUGAAACGCCUGCACCAGCCACAGAAGCCACACCAUCCCAGGAGGAGGAAGAAGAGGAAGAAUAUGUGGUAGAAAAGGUGUUGGACCGUAGAGUGGUAAAGGGCAAAGCUGAAUUUUUGCUGAAAUGGAAGGGCUUCUCAAAUGAGGACAACACAUGGGAGCCAGAGGAGAAUUUGGACUGCCCUGACCUUAUUGCAGAGUUCAUGCAAAAGUACAGAGAGAAAGAGGAGAAAAAGAAGGAGGGCAAGAGAAAAGCAGCUGAGGCUACAGGAACACCAGACGAGAAGGCGGGCAAGAGGAAGAAGGAGGAUGGUGAGAAGGUCAGAGGCUUUAGACGAGGCCUGCAGCCAGAAAGAAUUAUUGGUGCAACAGACUCCAGUGGUGAACUCAUGUUCCUGAUGAAAUGGAAGAACUCUGACGAGGCCGACCUCGUCCCCGCCAAAGAAGCCAACGUCAUUUGUCCCCAGGUGGUUAUCUCUUUCUACGAGGAGCGGCUCACCUGGCACUCUUAUCCCACAGAAGAAGAGGAGAAAAAAGAGGAGGAGAAGAAAGACUAGAGACGUGGUCCAGGCGGUAGAUGUUAGAGGUUAGUCCACUCUAGCAGCCGCUGUAGCAGCAGAAGGGAACAUGAGUUGUUUUACUGCUACUGUCGCUGCUAGACCUUCAGCAUUUGGUUUCCUGUUGUGUGAGGAUGCAUUUAUCAAAAGAUACUCCUAUUUUUUAGUAUGACCAAAAUGAUUUUGUUAAAGGUAUGCUCACAAAGCAGACUUGUUAAAUUUAUUUCACAUGUUCAACUUUGUUGCCCUGUGUUGAAUGUGGGGUGUUUUGGACUACGCGCAGACGUCUGCUUUUUUUUUGUGUGUGGCUAAGCUCAGCUCAUUACAAAGUUGUGUGUGAGAAAACAUUCUGCAUUAUUUUCCACAUUGGCUGCAGGAGUCCAGCAAGUAGAAGACAGUCUGUUCCUCUACCACUAGCUCUUCUGCCCUGCUUUUAUAUUACUCACCAUCUAUUGGUAGAUUGUCGUGGCCAUAAAGAUAUCAUCAGGCGCUUUUGCCGUGAUGUCAUCAUCAAGAAUGUGUCAGCCAAUCGGCAAGUAUUCAAAUAUGUAUUCAUCUUUUGGGGAAAGAAAUCAUUCCAGACAGUUUUUUUAACAACUUAACCCUAUUGUAAAGCUGUAUGUUUCAAUCUUAGUUUGUGCUUGUUUUUUUUUAUCGUGCAUUGAGGCAUCACUCUACUGUAUACUGUGCUGUAAACACAAUCAUAUUUACUUGCUGUUUUUUCAACAUGCAGUCGGGGAAAUAAGUAUUUGAUCUCCUGCUGUUUACCACCCCCCCAUCCACCUCACAGACCUAAACAGGCCAGAAGUUUGAGAUGUUUGUUUUAACAGACGAAUGGGGGGGAAUCAAAUACUUCUUUCCCAUCCUGUAGAACAUUUUUAGCUUGUUUAAUCUUCAGUAGUUGUUUAGGAGAGAAAAAAAGGCUACAGAGGCCCAGUGUUGAUGAAUUCAUCUAAUAAACAUUUUUAAAGACGAAUGUACGUCC